AUGCCUCAAGAAAACUCGUUCAAUGUCUACAUGGUCCAGUAUCGCCUAGCCAUACAAGAUCCGGAUAUGCCACAACCAAGAUAUCACACUGUGACGACAAAACUUUGCGGCAUAAUUCACCACGAUGUUGGUGACUUGGUGACUGGGAUGGCUUAUCAGAAGAAGUCAGCGCUUCAGCCUGAGAAUUCUCAGACCUUCCAUGCAAAACAACUGCUGGGUAAGGUCAAGGAGAGCAAGGCCGCCCAGAUUGAGCAGAUCUGCACUCAACAGCCUGCUCCAGCAAAGCAGGAGAAGUUCAACCCAAAGACUAUGAAGAACGAGCCGAUCAAGGCGAACGGGGACUUCUAUCAGCCUGGGGAACCACGUGCUAGGUUGAUCAAAUGUACUGAAUGGACUGUUGAGCGCGCGAUCCCAGCACUGCAGGCAGCAAAGAUUCUUCAGUAG